GAUUGUGAAAGUGAAACUGUCACUGUAAUGUUCUCCUUUCGAUCUUUAAUAACUCUUGUAUCAACAUUUUGUAAUAUUUAAUAAUCAUAUUAAUCACUUAUUCAGAAACUCUUGUGAACACAGCAGUGCUCAGCUGAAGAGAUGAAGAUCAUUUGUUUGACUUUGCUGAUUAUUAGCGGAAUUACAGAUUCAGUAUCAGAGCAGUAUGAAGUCAUCGGAUCUGCAGAUCCUGUGUUUGCUGUAGCUGGUGAAGAUGUUAUUCUGCCCUGUUCAGUCAAACCCAGCAUCAGUGUUGUGAACAUGAGAGUGGAGUGGUAUAGACUUAAUUUGAAAAACUCACAAGUGCAUCUUUAUGAUGAUAAUGUAGACAAAAAUAAAGAUCAGAGUCAGUCCUACAGAGGGAGAACAAAACUGAUCUAUCAAGAACUACAGAGAGGAGAUGCAUCACUGAAACUUUCAUCAGUCCGAGUCUCUGAUGAAGGACUUUAUAAGUGUUUUAUUCAGUCUAAAUCCUGGUAUGAUGAUGCCAUUGUUGAUGUCAGAGUAGAAGCUGUAGGACGUCCUCCAUUGAUCACUAUAGGUGGGUUUGAUCAUUCAGGAGGGCUUCAUCUUCAGUGUGAAUCUGAAGGCUGGUAUCCUGAACCUGAUCUUGAGUGGCUGGACAGUGAAGGAGUCAGUUUGAGUUCAGAAACUAAAGAGACACACAGAAACAAAGACAGAUUCAGUGUGAAACACACCAUUAUUGUACAUCACAGUGACAACAAGAUUCACUGCAGAGUCAGACUGAGACAUCACAUGCUGGAGGCACUGGUUACCAGCUCAAGUAAUAUAUUUCAUUCUUGGAGGACAUCAGUCAUCAUGAUUUCAGUUGCUGUUGUGCUCACUGUGAUUGCUGGAAUACAAAUAGCUGUGUUUGCUCAUAAAAACAAAGAUCACGAUCGACUACAGAAUGAGAAGAGAACGCUACAGGAUAAACACAGUCAACUACAGGAUAAGAAGAGAAGACUACAGCAUGAACGUGAUCAACUGAAGACUGUCAUACCUCAAGCUCUGGCACAUUCAAGAACACACAAGGUGAAAGUGAUUCUGGAUGCUGAUACGGCUCAUCCUUGUCUCAUCGUGUCUGAUGAUGGGAAACAAGUGAGAUAUGAAAACAGAGAAACAGAAAGAGUGGAUGGAGAUAAAGACAGAUUUGAUAAAUAUCUUGGUGUUCUUGGGAAGGAUGGAUUCUCCUCAGGGUGUUUUUACUUUGAGGUGCAGGUGAAGGGACAAACUCAGUGGUGUUUAGGAGGGACCAGAGAAUCUGUCAAUAGGAAGGGAUCGAUCCGUCGGUGUCCUGGGAAUGGCUACUGGGCUGUGGGUCUGUUUGAAUGUGAGUAUUGGGCUCAUGAGUCAUCGGAUGUUUCUCUUUAUCUGAGUGUAAAGCCUCAGAGGGUCGGUGUGUUUGUGGAUAAUGAGAAUGGUCUCAUCUCCUUUUAUGAUGUGGAGUCCAUGUCUCAUAUCUACUCUUUCACUGGUCAGUCUUUUAAUGAGAAACUCUAUCCAUUUGUUAGUUUGGGGUAUACCAGUAAUGAAAACCCCACUCCACUGAUUAUCUGUGAUGACUACUGUUGAUAUAUGUGACUGAAUUUACAUGAUCCACCUAAAUACAAUUUAAAAAGUGCAACGUUAAUAAAUAUUAAAUAUUAUUUGCACUAACAGUCAAAGCUUUGUUCACACAAGGGUGAUUUUUUGUUUAAAAUGUUUUGGUUUCAAGACUUCUGCUUUAAAUGUCUGAAAUGACUUUUGUUAAUAAAUAUAAACAAAUGCCUAAAUAUAUACACACAUUAAUUUCUUUAUAAGACAGAUUCUUUACUUUAUGAUGAAUAAUGUUUUGAUCUGGAGCAGAUAAUUAAUGAAAAGCAUUAUGAAAAGCUCAUCAUGCAGUUAGCUGUUCCUCCUUCAACACUGUUUGCUUUCGUUUGAUAAAUGUUCUUAAUUUUCAUUUUAUUAAUUAGAUUUCUCAUUGAUUUUGUAUUUCAUUAAAUUUCUGUCUUUCCAACCCAGUUUUAAAUUUUCUGUUAUUUUUAUGUUUGAGCUUCUCUGAACAGAAUUGAUUUUGAGUGCCAAGCUCCUAAAAGGACUGAUACAUACAGUAUACCUGGUUUUGUGUACCUUAUGUUUUUGCUAUAGUUUUAAGUUACAUUCUGUCAUGUUUUGUUCCUGUUUCAUGUUCUGUUUAUAGUCCUUUUGUAGUUUUUCUUAAUGAGUAGUUAUUAUUAGUGCAAUUAUUGUUUGUGGAAUAAAUACUGUACUUAGAUCAUACUCUCCUUCUCCGCUGAGUGUUCACUAUCAUUACCAGGAUUAAAUAAUUGUCAUCCAAAAAGUAGUCCAUACAACUCAAGUUCUGUAGUUAAAAAAUCUCUGAGUGUAAUGCAUGAUGUAAA